GAGGUGACGCUAUCAACCAGCGCCGCAAUCGCUCACCUAGGCAAGCUAACACCUGGCCAUGGCUAUACUGAAGCUGGGGAGAAGCCUCCGCUGUUGAAGUCGGGGCAGCUAUUGGUGCGCGAGGCGCUCAAGAAGGGCAUAAAUAUCAACCCGGAGGCAAUGCGCGCGCUUGGCCGCUUCGAUGUACAAUACUUCCGAAUGGCUGCUGUACGCUGGCUUGUCAAAAACAACCAGCCAUUGCGCAAGUUUGAGACGCCAGCUUUCCGCAAGAUGCUGCGUUUCGCCAACCCGGAGGUAGACUUUAUGAUGCUAAUAGUAGCUGACGCCCUGUAUAACGCUGCGAGCAAGAUCCAUAUAAGCUUCAACAGCUGGUCAGUCAAAGGCGGCAAAUGCGGCGAAUGCGGCUUCUUGGGCGUUGUUGUGCGCUUUGCCAGCGCGUCUGGGGCCAUCCACGACCUAUCUAUAGCCCUCCCACAGCUUACAGGCGCCCGCAGAGGCAAGCAAAUAGCGCCCGCAGAGGCAAGCAGAUAG